UGAAUUUUCCAGUUUUUAAACAUUGGCUCAGUUUGCAAAAAUGAAAAUAUGUGUAAGCCAAGCAGACAUAUCUGGCAGGCCGAUUCGUCCACAUCAGCUUAUCCCCCUGCAGACUGAUCUGGGUGUGCUUAUACCUGUGGAUUCUAAGGCACUUCUCAGUUGUUUAUAUUUCACCUUGCUUUUCUCAUGUGUAAAACAGAGAUAACACCCUUUCCGCAGGUUUGUGAGGACUGAAUGCCAACACUGUAAGAUGCUUAGCACAGUGGCUGGUACAUAGUAAACUUGGUUGGUUGGUGGUGUGAUAACCGCCCCUGCCCGUGCCAUGGCUCCCACCACUCCCCCAUUCUGGCCCCAGGGUAGGUGUGGGAACCAGGGCUCUGCCCUCUGACCUCCUGUGGGCGGUUAGGUUGCUCCUGGCAAAGAAGGAGCGGCAGAUUCUUGGUACUGGAGAAGGAGGAGGUUGCCCACAGGGGAACUGUAGGUUGCUGGGGCCUGCCCCCUGGCCACCGUGUGGUUUUCUGAGCCCCAUUUGGAGGGCCCAAGGCAGGCACCAGCCAGAAGAGGAAUUGUCUCUUUCCUUCCAGCAGCCUCGAGGGCAAGGGGCAAGUCGUGUGUGAGUUCCUUCCAUCCCUCAGAAACCUGGUGAAAUCUGGGUGGCACUGGCUUGAGCCGCCUCUUUUCUAGAUGAAAGCCCCACCUCGCAGCACUCCCCUGUUGUGAUAGCUUGGGCACCUGGGUGGUGUGUUCCAUUUUCUUGGAACUCAGGGGUGGGGAGUGUGUUUCUUAGCAAAGGGGUGCUGUGGUACUUUGACAAGGCCUGUUGGUGAAACCCCCUGGAAGGGGAGCAGCCAUUUAAAGUAGUGAAGACUCUCUGGCAGAUUCUCCGAGUGGGUUCAUCUGGGGCUGUGUGGACAUGCUGGUACACGGGAGGCCCUUGCUGCCCGCGAGGUCUCCUGGAAGCAUUGGCAAUGAACUUGAGAAUCCAGCCCAGAGUGGUCUGAAGCUGUCAGAGGAAGCAGAGGGAGUCCUGGGGAAGAUGGCCAUGGCCCCAAGCCCUUCCCUGGCUCAGGUGUACACCAGCCCCAUGGCAGUGGCCGUGUGGGAAUGGCAGGAUGGGCUGGGCACCUGGCACCCUUACAGUGCUACUGUUUGCAGCUACAUAGAGCAGCAGUUUGUCCAACAGAAGGGCCAGCGCUUUGGGCUGGGGAGCCUGGCCCACAGCAUCCCCUUGGGCCAAGCUGACCCCUCGCUGGCCCCUUACAUCAUCGACCUCCCCAGCUGGACGCAGUUCCGCCAGGACACUGGCACCAUGCGGGCUGUGCGGAGGCACCUGUUUCCGCAGCACUCAGCCCCAGGCCGGGGCAUCGUCUGGGAGUGGCUGAGUGACGAAGGCUCCUGGACACCCUAUGAAGCCAGCAUCUGUGACUACCUGGAGCAGCAGGUGGCCAGGGGCAACCAGCUCGUGGACUUGGCUCCUCUGGGGUACAACUACACUGUCAACUAUGCCACCCACACGCAGACCAACAAGACCUCCAGCUUCUGCCGGAGCGUGCGGCGCCAAGCAGGGCCCCCUUACCCAGUCACCACCAUCAUCGCUCCACCAGGCCACACAGGAGUGGCCUGCUCUUGCCAUCAGUGCCUCAGCGGCGGGGGAACUGGCCCUGUGUCAGGCCGCUACCGCCACUCCAUGACCAGCCUCCCCGCCUACCCUGUCCCCCAGCCCCCGCACAGGACUGCCGUUGUUUUGGGGGCCCACCAGGGCUUUGCUCCAUACAACAAGCCCUCGCUCUCUGGGGCCAGGUCUGCGCCUAGGCUGAACACCACCAACCCCUGGGCUGGGGCACCGCCCUCCCUGGGGAACCAGCCCAUCUACCGCUCCAGCCUGUCCCACCUGGGACCACAGCACCAGCCCCUGGGACCGUCCACGGCCGGCGGCGCCAGUGCCUCCCUCCCCAGCGGUCCAGCAAGCAGCCCUGGGAGCGUCCCCGCCACGGUGCCCGUGCAGAUGCCGAAGCCCAGCAGGGUCCAGCAAGCCCUCGCAGGCAUGACGAGUAUUCUGAUGUCAGCCAUUGGACUCCCUGUGUGUCUUAGCCGCGCACCCCAGCCCGCCAGCCCUCCCGCCUCCUGUCUGGCCUCUAAAAGUCACAGCUCAGUUAAAAGAUUGAGGAAAAUGUCCAUGAAAGGAGGGCCUCCAAAGCCAGAGCCAGAGCAAGUGAUAAAAAACUAUACUGAAGAGCUGAAGGCGGCCCCGGAUGAGGACUGCAUCAUCUGUAUGGAGAAGCUCUCUGUGGCAUCUGGGUACAGCGACGUGACUGACAGCAAGUCCAUCGGGCCCAUGGCCGUGGGCCGCCUGGCCAAGUGCAGCCAUGCCUUCCACUUGCUCUGCCUGCUGGCCAUGUACUGCAAUGGGAACAAGGAUGGAAGCUUGCAGUGUCCUUCCUGCAAAACCAUCUACGGGGAGAAAACUGGGACCCAGCCCCGGGGGAAGAUGGAAGUGUUCACAUUCCAGGUGUCCCUCCCUGGCCACGAGGACUGCGGGACGAUACUCAUCGUGUACAACAUUCCCCACGGCAUUCAGGGCCCGGAGCACCCCAACCCUGGAAAGCCGUUCACCGCUAGAGGGUUUCCCCGCCAGUGCUACCUUCCAGACAACGCCCAGGGCCGCAAGGUCCUGGAGCUGCUGAAGGUGGCCUGGAAGAGGCGACUUAUCUUCACCAUAGGGACGUCCAGCACCACGGGCGAGACGGAUACUGUGGUGUGGAACGAGAUUCACCACAAGACAGAGAUGGACCGCAAUGUGACGGGCCACGGCUACCCCGACCCCAACUACCUGCAGAACGUGCUGGCCGAGCUGGCCGCCCAGGGGGUGACCGAGGACUGCCUGGAGCAGCAGUGACCGUGGCCUUGGCUGGCCCGUCUCUGCCCCCACGCGGGCCGCCCCUGGGAUGGGCAGAUGGGAAGGUGCCUUUCCUCAGAAGCUGGAGUAUGCGUGGGGGCACAGGUGUGCUUCACGUGGAGCCGGGGCUUCUGCCUGCCCCCUCCCCCCUCCCCGCCAGGCCCGGGUGUGCGUGGGACUUGGGGGCGAGCCUGGGAGUUGUAUUUGUGGGGGCUUAGGAUGCAGCUACCUCAGUGCAUGGGCCCCUCCGUCCUCGGCGGGCUGUGUUGGGCCCUCAGUGCGGGGGGCUUGGCAGGGGGUGAGAAGAGACGGCCUCGCCCCUAGCCAGGGCAGGCCGGGGUCUGGGCGAGCUUCUCAUACCUCAGAUGUUCAGUUUGCAAUAAAUGCCCUACAGCCAAA